AUGCAUCUGUAUAUAUAUAUAUAUAGACCCCAAACAACAAGUCGUGUAUUCCAUUAUAGUAGAUAUGGUCACGUAUAUGCUUAUGCAACUAAUCUAAGUGUAAAAGCUUUUGAUGCAGCUACUUUAAAACAACUCUGCGAGAUCGAAAGAGCUAAUGUUGUUGAUUUUUGGCUUUCUCCUCAAGGUAGCUAUUUAGCUACUUGGGAACGUCCUACUAAACUUGAAAACGGUGCUAGUAAUAAUAAUCUAACUAUCUGGGAUACUAAAACGGGUAAAGAAAUUGCUGCUUUCUGCCAAAAAUCUCAAAACAAUUGGAAUUUCCAAUGGACUGAUGAUGAGAAAUAUUGUGCACGUAUGGUCACUGGUGAGGUUCAAUUUUGGGAGAGUAAAAAUGCUGGCAAAGCUGUUUGGGCUAGACUUAAGCUUGAAGGUAUCUCCCAAUUUUCUUUAAGUCCUGGUAAGGCACCAGCAGUAGCUGUCUUUGUGCCAGAAAAGAAUGGUGCACCUGCUAUUGUUCGUAUGUAUAGUAUUCCCAACUUUAAGACAGCUUUGUCCAACAAAACUUUUUAUAAGGCAGAUAAUGUUCAAUUAUAUUGGAAUGACUUGGGUACUAAUUUACUUGUAUUGACUAUGACUGAUGUGGAUAAGUCAAACAAAUCAUAUUAUGGUGAAAGCAAUUUAUAUUAUCUUGCUGUCGCUGGUAAUUUUGAUUGUCGUGUGCCUCUUGAUAAAGAAGGGCCUGUUCAUGACGUUACUUGGGCACCUGAUUCUAAAGAAUUUAUUGUUGUUUAUGGUUCUAUGCCUGCUAAGGCAACUUUAUUUGACCAUCGUGCAACUGCAGUUUUUGAUUUUGGUAUCAAUCCUCGUAACUUUGUGAGAUACAAUCCUCAAGGUCGUACAAUUUGUAUUGCAGGCUUUGGUAAUCUUAACGGUACAAUCGAUCUUUGGGAUAGAAAGUCAUUAAAGAAGGUCAACACAUUUGCUGCACCUAAUGCUUCCCAUUGUGAAUGGUCUCCCUGUGGUAGAUAUUUGUUAACUGCCACCUUGACUCCUCGUCUUCGUGUUGAUAACGGUUUCAAGUUGUGGCAUCAUUCUGGUACUUUAAUUUAUGAAGAAGCAAUUGAUGAACUUUUCCAAAUUGGUUUCCGACCUGAACCUAUUUCACGCUACCCUAUGCGUACCAUCUCUCCUCCUCCUAAUGUUAUUAAGGUGUUACCUACAAAGGGUAGUGGUGCUAAAGCUAGCCCAUCACCAGCAGGUGCUUAUAGACCACCUCAUCUUAGAGGUAAUGCUACCCCUACAUCACUUUCUGAACGAGUGGCUGCUUUGAGUGGUUCAGGUAGGUCUUCUACUACUCAACGUAAAGUUGUAGGUGCCACAAAGAAAAAUGGAACAAAGAAGGACACAGCCUCUUCUCAACAUCAAGCUCAACAUCAAGCUCUUUCUGAAGAAGACAAACAAAAGAAAAUUCGUAACCUAGAAAAGAAAUUAAGACAAAUUAAAGAAUUAAAAGAGAAAGUAGCCAAGGGUGAAGAAUUAGCUCCUGCUCAGCAACAAAAGGUUGCAACUGAAGUUUCCAUCAUGAGAGAACUUGCUAACCUUCGACUUUAA